AGGCUGCCCCGCGCGCGCGCGCGCCGGCAGUUCGGCCACGUCCCUGGCCACGUCGCGCCAGCUCUCGCCAUCUUCGCCGCUUCCUCUCCGGGGCUGUCCGUGCCGCCGCCGCCUGAGCCUCCAGCCCCGGGGCCGCCGCGCCGACCGCCGCCGCCGCCAUGAACAUCUUCCGGCUGACCGGGGACCUCUCCCACCUGGCGGCCAUCGUCAUCUUGCUGCUGAAGAUCUGGAAGACGCGCUCCUGCGCGGGUAUUUCUGGGAAAAGCCAGCUUCUGUUUGCACUGGUCUUCACAACGCGUUACCUGGAUCUCUUUACUUCCUUUAUUUCAUUGUAUAACACAUCCAUGAAGCUCAUCUACAUUGCUUGCUCCUAUGCCACCGUGUACCUGAUCUACAUGAAGUUCAAGGCCACCUACGAUGGGAACCAUGACACCUUCCGAGUGGAGUUUCUGGUGGUCCCUGUGGGAGGCCUCUCGUUUCUAGUCAACCAUGACUUCUCCCCGCUCGAGAUUCUGUGGACCUUCUCCAUCUACCUGGAAUCUGUGGCGAUCCUGCCACAACUCUUUAUGAUCAGCAAGACUGGGGAGGCGGAGACUAUCACCACCCACUACCUGUUCUUCCUGGGCCUCUACCGUGCACUGUAUCUCGUCAACUGGAUAUGGCGCUUCUACUUCGAGGGCUUCUUUGACCUCAUUGCCGUGGUGGCCGGCGUAGUCCAAACCAUUCUCUACUGCGACUUCUUCUAUCUGUACAUUACAAAAGUGCUCAAGGGAAAGAAGCUCAGUUUGCCAGCGUAAGUGCCAAAGCCCAUCGCCAGCAUCUGUCCCUCAGGGUGCUCGGACAGAAUUCUUCCCGCAGCAAAGGUGUAAGAUGCUUGAUACGGAAGAUGAGAAACGUCGCCCUCUAUUGCACACGGUCAUCAGCAGCUCUGGAAAAACUCAGAGGAAAAGAAUUCAAGGGUUUCGGUUUUGAUGCAUCUUGCCUUAUCUUUUUUUAUUACUAUGUACAAAGAUUUUUUUACACAAAGAAACUCAAUGCUGUAUUAAUACAUUCAAUAUGUAGCUUCCAUUGGGGUCAUUUCCAAAAAGUGACGAUUUUGUGAGGAAUAAGUGCAAAACCUUUUUUUUUUUUGAAUUUAAAAAACUUCUUUGAGAUUGUUGAUUCUUUGUCUGUAAUGAAACCUGUACUCCUGACUGUUGGUAGAUUAUAUAUUCUUCCAUCUAUCAAAC